AUGAAGACUACGCAUAGAAAAAAGGAGGGCGGCGAGUUACGGAAGGAGGUCAGUCAAGCGGCGACAGGAACCGAUGGACCGGAAACGAGAGGGGCGCGGCGGCGUGGGACGUCGAUGGAGAGGCCAAUCCGGGUGGACCGGUCCUUCGUUGAAAGUGAGGACAGCUGGUCAAAUGCUGCUUCCGGGGACGGCACGGGGUCUGCAGGGGACUCGUUGACUCAUCUCGAGGGGUCCCAGGCGCCACCGCGUGAGGAAGGGGCGCUGGAGGUUCUGUCGAACGCUUCCUCGGACUCGCCAAGUGUCACCGGCACGGGGAAGCGGAAGGGUAAGCGGGGCAGGCCUCUUCGCACUUCUAGCGAGGACAGCCCGGUGAACCCGGUGCCGAAGAGGCAAUUUCUGGAAGCGGUCGAUGCCGAGGAAACGCUGAAGGAGAAGAAGGCGCGCAAGCCUGCAAGGUCUAGCAAGCCUCUCCCAAGCCUGGAGAAAGUGGCUAAGGAGAUGAGGCUGAGGCCCGCUGCAGACUUGGGAGCCGAAGUGUUUGAGGCCAUGGGUGAGGUUGAGAGAGUGGCCAAGGACUUCGGGCAUUUACAGGACGCAUUUGUCAGGUGCCUCCGCUUGGCAGCCCUGCACACCAAAGCGGCUGCCACGGAAUUACUGGCAAGAACGGUAGCUGGGACGGGAGCGGAGAGGCUGGAGCAGGAAAACCAGCAACUUCGCAUCAGGCUGGAGGCCACCGAAGGGCUGGUCCGCAAACUGGCCACGGAGGUGGAGACCCUAAAGGCCAGACCGUCUGGCCCGAAAGGGGCGUCCACCGACGCCGGGGCGGGAGCGUGGCGAAGGCGGCCCCCUCCCCCGGCGGCGCCUGAUACACGGUCGACAGACUUGGAGGGUGGGGGCCCGGGCAUCCUAGAACAGGUCCGGGCCCUAAUGACGGAGGGACUUCGGGAUAUCCGCCGCGAGCUCCUUUCGGAGUUCCAACGGGGGGGAAAUCCCUACCUCCUUGCUGGCUCUCCGGCUGGAGGGCCUCCGGUGGCGAUGGGGACGGUGGUUCCGUCUACCGCCACCGCGACAACUGCGGAUAGGAGGAGGAGGGCCGGGGCUAAACAGCCACUGGCUCCGACACCCCCUACCCAGAAAGAGAAGAAGGACGGGGGGAGGCGUGAUGCGCCCCGUGCGGGGCCGUCUAGAGCGCCACCCGGCGGAGAGGACUCCCACCAAGCGGCAGGGCUGCAUGAGGUCCCCUGGGCUAGGGUUGUGGGCCGGAAGUCGAAGAAGGGUAAGGAGGGCGAAGGGUUGCCGCCCUCCAAACCUGUGCGGCAUAGUGACUCCGGGGGGAAGGGGGCUGGGAGGAGUUUGCUGUCCAAACCCAGAGCCCGCCGCCCGCUUACUUUGAAGGAGGCGGCCGUCACGUUGACGGUGCAGCCGGGGGCUGGCAUCGCCCUGCAUGAGGUGAUGACAAGAGCCAAGAGGGAAGUCGACCUCAGCGAAUUAAACAUCGACGGGGUGAGACCAAGGAGGGCCGUUACAGGGGCCCUCAUACUGGAGGUGCCCGGCCCGGAUAGUGUCCAGAAGGCCGGGCAGCUUAAGGAGCGCUUGAAAGCUGUCUUCAAGGAAGAGGAGGUCAGAGUGGUGCGGCCGACUAAGAUGGCGGAAGUGAGAGUCCGAGAUCUCGAAGACUCGGUCACUCCGCCAGAGGUCGCCAACGCGAUAGCCCAGUCGGGGGACUGCGACCCCGGGGACGUGAGGGUCGGCGUCAUUCGACCCUCCCCUUCGGGGCUUGGGACGGCCUGGAUUCGCUGCCCGGCGGGAGCGGCCAAGAAAUUGGUGGCCACCGGGAAACUGAGGGUGGGGUGGACUAUCGUCCGGGUCGAGGCGCUGGUGGCCAGGCCAUUGCAGUGCUUCCAGUGCCUCGAGCUCGGUCACAUGCGAGCGACUUGCCCCGGUCAAUUCGACAGGUUGUAA